AGAGUUUGAUGAAAACAAUUGAGCGGUUACAGAAUUGGCUCUGACAAGAAUUGUUUUGCGUAGAUUGCACAAAAAGUUGAGUCCUUUCUCCGACAAGACAAAGACCCAUUUGAAUCGAUUCCUUAAAAAUUAUUGAUUUGGGAAUAUAUUUUGUGUCAAUUCAGGUGAAUCAAACUGGUCGGUCCGAUUCCUGAUUGUCCUCGAAUUUGUUUCUGUGAUCGAGUUCUGUUUUCUUACAAAAAGCAGUUGCAUUUUGAUCUUGCUACAUAGAUUAAUGUUCAUUCUCAAUCUUAACCAUGCCGGUUUACGUUGAUCGCGAAGCUCCUAAGCUAUGGAGACGAAUUUACUCAGAAGCGACAUUAGAAGCUUCUCUUCUUGCUGAAAAAUGGAAGCUUGUUCUUGCUGGACUUGCAUUUCAGUACAUUCAUGGACUUGCUGCUCAUGGAGUUCACUACUUACACCGACCUGGUCCAACGCUUCAAGAUGCCGGUUUCUUUAUUCUUCCAGCGCUUGGGCAAGAUAAGGCCUUUGUUAGUGAAACUGUGUUUGUCACUAUCUUUGUAUCUUUUGUAUUAUGGACCUUUCAUCCCUUUGUUUCCCACAGUAAGAAAAUUUAUACAGUUUUGAUAUGGUGCAGAGUUUUUGUUUAUUUAGCUGCUUCUCAAAGUCUGAGGAUCAUCACAUUCUUUGCAACACAGCUACCUGGGCCGAAUUAUCAUUGUCGAGAAGGCUCCAAGCUCGCCAAGAUUCCGCCUCCAAAGAAUGUUCUUGAAGUACUCUUGAUCAACUUUCCUGAUGGAGUGAUAUAUGGUUGUGGAGAUCUAAUAUUUUCAUCACAUACAAUAUUCACCUUGGUCUUUGUACGCACAUAUCAAAGAUACGGCAUACGAAGGUGGAUCAAGCAUCUGGCUUGGCUUAUGGCAGUUAUACAGAGCCUAUUGAUUAUAGCAUCAAGGAAACAUUACACUGUUGACAUUGUUGUUGCUAGGCCUGGGCGUUUGGGUAAAUGGUAUACUGUGAACCUUGUGAUGUUCUACGUUGACAGUAAAUUGCCAGAAAUGGCAGAGCGUUCUAGUGGACCUUCUCCGACGCCUUUACUUCCACUGAGCACAAAGGACGGUAACAAAAGCAAAGAAGAUCAUCAGAGACUUCUAAACAAGACCAAUGUAGCAGAUGAGCUUUGAUCUUAUGUUUCUAUCUUAGUCAGAAGCUAUGCUGGUUGUACGCAUGUUUGUCAUAAACUUUCUUUGCUUUAGUGCUUUAGGAUACACAGUUCUCUUAGUUCUUCAUCUCUCCAAUGUAAAAAUACAAAUUAUACAACUCA